GCAUUUGAAGCGGUAUGCUGCGAACCUGAUAAUUCUACCAGUGAGCUAUUAGGGUAUAUUGUACGGUUCUUCCUUUGCAAGCCAUCCACUCAUGGCCCCAAAACGGACACCAAAGCCCAGCUCGCAGCAGGACGAGCUUAUGGCUGCAAUUGCUGCAAACGACGAAACAAGCGUUAGCGCGCUUUUAGGUUUAGGCGUCCAACCUAACUAUGUCUCUGCGGAGAAUGGCUUGUCUCCAACUGUUGCUGCUGCCGAAAAUGGUCUAGCGAGCAUUCUGAAGAUACUUCUCAAACAUGGCGCUGAAGCAAAUGGGGACCUCAGCAAUGGGAAUUACCCUCUGCGAGCUGCCAUCUUGUCUGGGGAUGGAGACUGCUGUCGACUACUACUCGAGCAUGGAGCGGAUGUCAAUUAUUGCAGCGCCCGCGGCACGCCACUUAUGGCCGCAGCAGCCGCUGGGGACUGCGAAACGCUGACACUCCUGCUCGACUCGGGUGCCUCUAUUGACGCGGAGGCCAAGGACGGCCUCACCGCACUAGCUGCCGCGGUGCGUGAAAAUCAAAAAGAGGCAGUGCGGU